AUGGCGCGCAAUGAAGAGAAAGCCAUGGCGGCGCUGAACAGAUGGACCGCCCAGAAGCGGGACAUCGAGAUGCAGAAGAACAUGGGGAAAGCCACAUACAUGGGAGGCGCCCUCCCGGAUACGGCCGCCUUUGGGCCCUACAAGAAGAACAAGCGUCCCAAGAUCGCCUCUGAAGUGAGCAGCGUCAAGGAGUGCGAGCAUUGGCGGGGAGAUAUUCUCAGAGGAGUGGCCAAGAAGAUUGCAGAGAUCCAGAACGCGGCCCUAGGUGAGCACAGGAUCCGCGACCUCAACGAUGAGAUCAACAAGGACCUCAGGGAGAAAGGAUACUGGGAGGACCAGAUCAAGAAGCUGGGCGGUCCAGACUACAAGAAUCAAGCACCGCGGGAGGUGGAGACUUAUGGUGCAGAGCUUGCCGCCCACAGCGGCUACAAGUACUUCGGUGCGGCCAAGGACUUGCCCGGGGUUCGGGAGCUUUUUGAGACCGAGAUCGUCCCAGAUGCCCCCCGCAAGACAAGGAAGCAGUUGUUCCAAUACAUCCAACCCGACUAUUAUGGCUGGCGCGAUGAGGAGGACGGCAUGCUGGUGCUGUCGGAGCAGAUGUUUGAAGAGGAGGCAGUGACGAAGGCCAUGGCCCAGUGGAAGCAGGAGGAGGCCAACAAGCCCGCCCCGGCCAAGAAGCGCAAGAAGGGCGACAAAGACAAGGAAGAGAAAGUGCCCGAGAAGGAGCCAGAGGUCGAAAGGCCCAAGGAGCAGGAUUUUGCCGACUUCAAGGCGUACGUGGAUGUACCCACCAUGGAGGACAUUGAGCGCCUCAUCGUGCAGAAGAAGAAGGAGACCUUGCUGAAGAAGUAUGCUCCCAAUGAGUCCAACGACUGA